AUGGCCGUGACAGUAUCAAGGGCCUCGGAGCCAACACCGAUGGUCCGAAAAGAUUCAGCGGUGGAUCUUGGUAGCCCAACACCCCUCCCCGUUACUCUCCUCUCUGGCUUCCUCGGCAGUGGGAAGACGACCCUCCUACAGCACAUUCUCCGCAGCGACCAUGGCCUACGCAUCGCCGUGAUCGUCAACGACAUUGGAGCAGUCAACGUCGACGCCAACCUCAUCAACCACCACGUCACCCAGACCACCGAAAAGGUCAUCGCGCUCCAGAACGGCUGCAUCUGCUGCACGCUGCGCGGCGACCUGCUCGAGGAGCUCGUGCGGCUGUCGGAGCUGCACACGUUCGACUACGUCAUCGUCGAGAGCAGCGGCAUCAGCGAGCCCGAGCAGGUCGCCGAGACGUUCGACUCCAAGCUGGCCGAGACCAUGGGCGCCCUCGGCGACGGCAGCGCUGGUGCCGAGGGUGCCCUGGACGAGGCGAUGCAGGCCGUGCUCAAGAAGCUCGCCGACGCGGGGGGCGUGGGCAGCUUCGCCAGGCUGGACACGACCGUCACGGUCAUUGACGCCUUCACCAUCAUGAACGACUUUCACACCGACCAGCUGCUGUCGAGCCGGCGGGGGGAUGUCGGGCCUGAGGACGAGAGGACCGUCUCGGAUUUGAUGGUUGAUCAGAUUGAGUUUGCGGAUGUGAUUGUGCUGAACAAGACGGACAUGGUUGAUCGUGCUACCAAGCAACGGGUCAUUGACUUGAUCACCAAGCUCAACCACCGAGCCAAGGUCAUUGAAACCUCUCACGGCAAGGUCGACGUCAAGGCAAUUGUCAACACGGGACUGUUUGAUCUCGAGCAUGCACAGACUGGCUACGGCUGGUUACAAGAUUUGCAUGAGCUGACUUUACGAGAGGUCAACGGUCGCAAGACCAUCACCCCCAAACCAGAGACGGAAGAGUACAACGUCCGCAAUUUUGUGUACCGGCGCCAACGCCCCUUCCACCCACUCCGGCUGUACAAGCUGCUGUUUGACAAGUUCAUCCUGCAGCUUGAGCACCCGGAAGAGGAUGACGAUCAGGACGAAGAAGAGGACGAAGAAGAAGACGAAGACGACGAGUGGGAGGAGGCAAACAGCGACCAAGAGGAGCAAGAAGCAGACCCCCUCGACGCACCCUCCAACGAGGCCAUCCUCGCCAACAAGCGCGCAUCCCCCCUCUUUGCGCGCCUCUUCCGCUCCAAGGGCGAGUUCUUCCUGGCGACGCGCCCGCACCGGGCCGGCGAGUGGUCGCAGGCGGGCGCGAUGCUGACCAUGACGGGCGGGCGGCCGUGGUUCGCCACGCUGCCCGAGUCCGAGUACCUGACCGGCAACGCCGACAUUGACGCCCUCGUCAUGCACGACCUCGAGUCCGGCGGCGAGUGGGGCGACAGGAGGCAGGAGCUCGUCUUCAUAGGGGAGAAGCUCGACAUCCCGGCGCUGGAGCGCGUGUUGGACGCGUGUCUGUUGACCGACGAGGAGUGGAAAAAGUGGCAAAAGGUCAUGCGCAGCGGCGUCUUGAGUCCGCAGGGCAAGAUGGAGAGGUUGGCGCGCUUGUUUGACGAUGGCUUCCCCGACUGGCCCGAGGAUGAGGGCCACGAGGGGCAUGGGCACUGA